AUGUACAGCGCAGUCCUUGUACUGCUCCAGCACGCAGAUCAAGAUUGUGAUGAUUAUAUUGAAGCUAUACGAUUUUUCUGGUUUGCAUUGCUAGAAUAUCAAAGGGGAUGCGGCCAUGGAUUGAAAGGACCGUUGAGGUUACUCAUAUCACUCAUGCGUCGGGUUGAAAAGGUGGUACAGCGCAUCGAUAUCGAUCACCCAGGUGCUACUGGUUGGUCGUUGGGAAGUGAUAUCCCGUUUGAUAUGGAGUCCAAUCCCUGGACGGAGACUUUCGGGCAAGGGGAGACUUGGAGUGGAUCCUGGCUCAACACAGAGAAUGACGAUUUGGUCUUCGCCGACGACACUAUAUUUGGUUUCUUCACACAAGAAUGA